AUGCAUAUUUUCGUGACAGGCAUUGGUGAUACAGUGAGAUCGAUAUGUAUUCCGGGAUCGACUACAGUGGCUCAGCUUAAGGCAUUAUUACGCAUAGAUGAUGCACUUUUGACGUAUGGCGCUACAAUUUUGGAUGAUGACGAAGCAAUACUUGUGAAUUUAGGGAUUGGUAAUGAAGCAAAUAUUGAUGUUUCAUUCCCACUUCUUGGAGGCAAAGUGCAUGGUUCGUUAGCUCGAGCAGGGAAAGUGCGAGCUCAAACCCCGAAGGUUGAAAAACAGGAAAAGAAAAAGAAGAAGACUGGCCGAGCGGCUCGUCGUAUUCAAUAUAACAGACGAUUUGUGAAUAUAGCUGUUAGUGGAAUAGGCAGAAAACGUGGGCCAAAUUCAAAUGCUGCAUAA